AGGGGCACGCCCCGAGGGGUUGGGCCAGAACGUGUACAACAACAAGCGCAUGUCACCCCCCACCUGUUGCCACUGUUUGAUGCUGUCACUGCUCUACUCGUCGGACCAAAAACAAAAAUGAUAGCUUUAUAUUCGAAUAAGUCGGUCGGUAUGGAGGCUAUAGAUAUCGAUCACAGCCUGGUCGUUGACGACGAGUUUGAUGCUCUGUACGUGCAACUACCCAAUUUUUCCUCCUCUCCCCCCUUCGUCCAAAGUCGUCGUCGUCGUCGUCGGCUGUCUCUCAGCAGCAGCAGCAGCAGCAGCACGGGCAGCAGUCGUCGCCGUCGCCGUCGUCGAUAGGAACUCAUUCCAAGAUGGCUUCCAACGUGGAUCACCAUACUUUCCGCUGCAAGACGAGAGGCCUGCUGCACAGCGCCGUCUCUGCCGCCGUCGCUGUCGUUUUCAGCAUCCCGUUUAUGUCGAGGCUACCACUAACCGAUGUUGUGGGCCGCAGGUCGGUCGAGGUCAACGUUGCGGAGCUGGAUGCUUCCAAGGCUAACGAGAACGUGAGGAAAUUUCCUGCUAAAUUACACGCAAGAAAAGUCGCCAAGGAACUCGGGACCGAUACAGGUCUUAUUUUCUUGCCUGGACAACUGGAAUCAACAUGGGAGGACUCAGAUCAGGGUCCCCCGUUUCGACAACGCCGAUAUUUCUAUUACCUCACCGGGGCUGAUUUCCCGGGCUGCAGCGUGACAUAUGAUAUCGCUGCAGACAAGCUCACGCUAUGGAUUCCGUUUACGCCUCCCGCCACGGUGCUCUGGUUCGGCAACACGCCGUCGCCGGAGAACUGUCUCGCAAGAUCCGACGUGCACGACGUCAAGUACGUAGGUGAACUGCCAGGGUACCUAAGCGCUCGUCUCGCCACUGUGAAGACCUUGUACGCCCUUCGACCAUCCCAGCUGCCCAAAUUUGACGGCUUUGAACAAAUGAAGCCGUCCCUACGCAUCGACGUUGCAUCACUACAGCCCGCCAUGGACGAGGCCCGCCUGAUCAAAUCUGAGUACGAGAUUGCCAUGAUUCGCCGCGCUAAUGAGAUUUCCUCGGCUGCCCACAAGAAAGUGGCUUCCCUCAUGUACGGAAUGAAGAACGAGUGCGAGGUCGAGGCUGCGUUCAUUUCUGCCUGCACCGCCGCCAAUGCCCACGCCCAAGCCUACCCUGUCAUCGCCGGAUCCGGUGCCAAUGCUUCGACGCUGCAUUACAGUGCCAACAACGAGAACCUGGCCGGCCGUCAGCUCAUGGUCCUCGACGCCGGUGCUGAGUGGUCGUGCUACGCUAGUGAGAUGACGCGCACGCUGCCCAUCGGCCCACGGUAUAAGCUCUCGUCUGAGACUAAGGCUAUCUACGAGCUGGUUCACCGCAUGCAGAACGAAUGCAUCGACCGUAUCAAGCCGGGUGUUGUCUUCCGUGAUCUACAACUACACGCCACGCUUAUCGCUGUCCAGGGCCUGCUCGAUCUCGGCAUCUUGCGCGGCGGUACUGCUGAGGAGAUCUUCAAGAACGGCACUGGUGCUGCUUUCUUCCCGCACGGCCUUGGCCACCACGUUGGGCUUGAUGUUCAUGACGUACUGAGUAGAGACCUCCUCCGGCCCGCAGGCGAAGGCAUGUGGGGGAAGCGCAGGCCAAUUGGCCCUCAGUCCGUCCGCGCCAUGAUCAAGCAAGCCGCCCGCGACGCCGCCCACAACGCCGCCGCUACCGCCAACCCCUCCGACUCAUCCUCCACGCCUAGCAGCAACAGCAGCAACAGCAAUAGUAGUAACGCGUCACAACGGGCCCCAUCGCCCGCUAACUCAUCUCCGACCCAGACCGCGGCACCGCCCCUACCACCCCGCUCCUCGCCCCCCACGUCUCCCAAGUCAACACCCCCGAAAUCCGCCUCGCCGCCUCCGAUCAGGAUCAUCGCGUCCUCGCCUCCGCCACAACUCCACCAGCAGAGCCGGACCGGCAGCAUCGGCAACGGAAACGCCGGCAACGGGAAGAAGAAGGCAACCGUCACCAACCCCACCAGCACCAGCACCAGCAACAACAAGCGCGCGCACCACAGCACGCUGCAGCCGAACAUGAUCGUGACGGUGGAGCCGGGCAUCUACUUCUGCCGGCCGUACAUCGAGGCGUACUUUCUGCGCCGCGAGGAGCACGCGCGCUACAUGGACGCGGCGGCGCUGGAGCGCUUCUGGGCCGUCGGCGGCGUCCGCGUCGAGGACUGCGUGCUCGUCACCGAGAGCGGCCACGAGAACCUGACGACGGCGCCCAAGGGCGCGGAGCUGUUGCGGCUUAUGGGGUACUGAUAUGCACGGCGAUAGCAGCAUCAGUCUCGACCUAUCAAUAUUAGCAUCCCUACAUGUCUACCUAACUAAGCCUACCUACUUAUAUCUAUCUAUCUAUCUAUCUAUCUACCUUGCCCGAGAAACUCCCUCCUGGGUAUAUACACCUUAACCUAU